GUGCAAGACUGCUUGGCUGUUGGUUUCACCACAACCAAGCAGUCUUCCGAACCAUCCAGAAGAGGGAUCUGCGGGGGGAAUUUAACAAACCUGGCUCAGUCUUUAAGCUUUGGGCAAGAGGGUUUUUUUUCUCUUCCCCUUUUGCCAGCAGACAAGAUUGAGGAGGGUUUGCAGUUUCUCAGAAACUCUAAGCCACAAAUUCCCAGACAACAAGCUGCUGUGGACAGCCUUGUAGAGUUUUGGUUGAGACGAAUUGGCGUGGACAGGUUGUCUGUGUGGGGACAAGUGCACAGAACAAAUAAUUCAUGCGAGUCAUAUCAUGCUGUUAUGUCAAAGGAUUUGAAGCCCAAGACAAGGUUUUGGACCUUCAUUGAGUACAUCAAGAGAAAAGCUAUGCGAUUCGAGCUGGAUGUAGUCAGAGUUGCAAAUGGUGUAUCUGUCACACGGCAGCAGGGGAAAACAAUGGCACAGCAGAGGAUCGAGAAAGCUAACAGAGAGUUGCUUGCUGGUGGAACUGUUGAGGCUUUCAUAAAGCGCACGCGUUACCUCGGCAUGAAGAAGAGGGUCCUCAGAACCGACGAACCUGAUGAGGAGGGGCAGCAGCAAGUUGUACAGGUUGGGAAUGAAACUGAGGCUGAAGAGACUGACGAUGUACAGCCUCAUCCUGAACCUGAACCUUUACUUGAAGAGGAGCCAGAGGCUGUCUACCAUUCCCCCAUUCACCCUCCCAGGCGUAGCCGCCCACGUAAAGCAGCAGCCCCCUAUAUAUACACCACCAAGAACGCGAAUGGCAGCAUCUCGCCAAGCCAGAACUGAGCAGUCAGACGACACGGAACCAGGACCAUCAACUCUGCAAUCAACUAGUGACAAAGCUGACUGUGUGGUCUGCUACAGUGCCUCUGUGAAUAAGAAAAAGCCAAUCUGCCUGUUUCCCUGCGGUCACACAACUGUCUGCCUUAGAUGUGUCACAAUUAUAAAUAGCUCUACUUGUAAACAUUGCCCCAUUUGCAGAACAGAAAUUGUAUCUUUCAUAGAAGCUCAUAUGAACUUUUAGUUAUUUUGGUUAUUUUAGUUCUUUUACACGGUAGUAAUAUGUACUCGGAGGAAUUUUAUUGAAAUAAAGUCUUUGAUCAAAUAUAGAAAUAAACUUUUUUCGAUAUUCCUGAAGUCUACCUGUUAACAAUUUUGAAACGAACUUAUUACAUGAUAUUACACACGAUCCUAUUUCUAAGCCGAUGUUCAAAUUGGGAAAUAGGUUCGUGGGAAAUAAGUUCGCAGUGUUUCGAACCUAUUUUCACGUACCUGUUUCCCAAAAUCUAGCACGAACUAGUUGACACGUACCACUUUCCCCCUCCCAGCAAUUCCUUCUAAAAAUUUUCUUCCUUCCUAUCUGGAAUGUACAUGAGGCGACAUUACACGGCAACUCCCGUACCAACAACAUUGUGAGGGUUGGAACAAUAAGUUCUCAAACUUAGUUGGACACCACCAUCCCUCUGUAUGGAAGUGCAUACAGUGGUUCCAAAAAGAACACGCUGCCGUGGACACCGUGGUGCAGCAGGACCUGAUUGGCAACGCAUCCAAACCAAGGCACAAGAGAAACGCUAUUCAAUUGUAGAAGCGGCUACUACAUCUCUGUCAGGACAGGGUGGAAGGAAGAAAAUCCAUCCCUGAAUUUUUAGAAGGACUUGCUCACAAUAUACCGAUAACCCGGACACUGCA